AUGAUAGGGAGAGUGGAAAUCGAUCCAAAUUACAAAGUAUCCUUUACUUAGGGACCAAUGAAAGUGGAAAGCUUUCUCCAGAAGCUUAAAAGCCAAAAAGCAAAAGCCAGAAUUUUCAAAAAGUUUAACAAGAGAUGGUUUGUGUUAGAUUUGAAUCAAGGAACUUUUGCUUAUUCACGAAAACAAAACUCAAAUAAAAUUGAGCAAUCUCAUCCAGUUACAGAUAUUAUACGCGUCGACCCAAACCCACAAAUAGCCCAAACCUGCGACUGAAAGUUUGCAUUUACUGUAGAAACGCGAGCUAGGGUCUAUGUUUUGUAUUCUGAAUCACAAAACAUGCAUAGGCUGUGGUGCGUCGCACUGAAGGCAGUACUUUUACCUUCAGAAGGGCCAAGACCGCCUAUAUCUUCAGGUGUACCUCAAAGUGCAGCUGAGGAAUAUCCCAGAAGAUACAAUUCAUCCGGAUAUCCAGAUGAAAGAUACUAUACAAAUCCACCUCCAAGUGAUCAGUAUAACUCUCGAGCAUCUACUCAAUAUAGAAAUUCUUAUCAAGAGCCAGGACAAAGCAAAGCUAAUGCAAGAGGUGGCUAUAAUAAGUUAGAGGAGUUUCCAUCACAUCCAGGAGAUGUUGAUUUUCAGCCUAAUAUAACUAACCCAGUAAACAUUCCAAAAGAAAGCGAUUUCAGAACUAUGCCGCCUCCAAGUAGAAAUGAAGAUCCUUAUACGGAUAAUUAUAGUGAUCAGAAGAGAUCUACUGCAAAUAGAGAUCCAAAUUAUAGAGAAGAGCCUGAGCCAUAUCGAGCAAACGAAGAAGCGCCGAAGUUUAAGCAUUCUUCUAGCAUUCGUGAAGACCCUAGUCAAAUCAAAAGAGAAGUUAGUGAUGUGCAGCCUAGAAAAAGCGAUUUUUCUGGCACAAAUGAGCCUCGAAAAGUACAAAGAGAUGAAUACUACGCUAGAGAUAAUUAUAGGCAGCAACCAACAGCUGAGCCACCUCAAUAUCAAAGAAAACCAACUCCAAAACAGUGGGGGGAUGAAAGAAGUGAUCCAAGCUAUAAUCCUCCAAGGUCAGCUGAUUAUCAAACUGAAAACCGAGGGUAUAAUAGAGAUUACUACAAUCCAAAGACAGCUCAAGAGCCUGUAAGUAAUUUUGACAGAUCAAGAGAACAAGGAAGCUAUGGUCGUCCAGAAGAAUACGGAUACCGGGAACCAGAAAGAAAAGAAGUUCCAAGGUAUGAACAGCAGUCUCAAUAUCAAACUGAGCCUAGACGAGAUGAGGGCUAUAAUCCUCUAAAGCGAGAUGAUCCCCCAAGAGGUCUUUACAACUCUCGCUCAAGAGAAUACCUUGAACUGUCGACAGGCUACAGCUCUCAAUCAAACAGAUACGAAGAUCCCUACUCAAAUUCCCAAACAAAGGCAAAUCCACAAUACUCUCAAGGUUCCUAUACCCCAACUCGGAGAAACGAAUAUCAAAGCUACCCAGCUAAGUCUGAAAAUGCAUGGGGAAAUCAAGGAAGCAGCUGAAAUUACAGCCAGCCGCAGCAAAGACCUCAAUACCAAGAAGUGCAGCCAAGAGGCUUGAACCCUCAAGGAUCUGAUAAGAAUUGGGAUAGCUGGGAUAAUUAA